AUGGCUGACCAGGAGAGCCUUGUAGAACAAUUUGUUGGUGUCACAGGCGCCGACUCCAGCCGAGCCAGGUUCUAUCUCGAGUCCGCUGCGUGGGAUUUGGAGCUGGCAAUGAGCAGCUUUUUUGAGGGCACUGAUCAUGAUGAACCAGAACAGUUGCUAGCAGCGGAAGAUGUGCCUAUGGCAUCAGAUGUGAACGUUGCAGCUGAUCGACCGGAUGCUGUCAAUAAAAUCCAGACUUUCAAGAGCAUCCAUGUUGAAUCGGACUCAUCAGAUGAAGAAGGACAAGCCUACUAUGCUGGAGGGUCAGAUAGAAGUGGGCAGCAGAUCCUGGGACCCCCGAAGAAGAAAAACGCUGACAAGCUGGUGGACAACCUCUUUAAGUCAGCCAAGGAACAUGGUGCGGAGGAAAAGCAAGAUGAAGAACAGCUGUCCCUUCAGGCGCACAGAGUAGCAUUUGGUGGGGCAGGCUACAGGCUGGGAGAAACCCCAGAAGACACCACUGUCAUUGCUGGAGCUUCACAGUCUCACGCCAGAGAGCAGGUUUAUAAAAAGUUGAAGCUCUGGAAGUCUGGUUUUAGCAUCGACAAUGGCCCCCUUCGUGACUACAAUGACCCUGAAAACAAGCAGUUCCUGGAGAGUGUGGCUCGAGGUGAAGUUCCUCAAGAACUUGUCCGUGAAGCUAGGGGAGGUGAGGUCAAUCUUGACAUGGAAGAUCAUCGCUCGGAGGAUUACGUUAAAUCAAAGAUCGCAGUCAAAGCUUUCUCAGGGGCAGGUCACAUGCUGGGCAGCCCCGUCCCAAAUGUGAUAAAAUCAGCAGAGCCUCCUGCAGGUGACAGUUCUGCUCCUACUUUAGCUGUUGAUGAGACUAAGCCAGUCACGAGUGUUCAGCUGCGCCUGGCAGAUGGUGGCAGGCUGGUGCUUAAACUGAAUCAUUCGCACACCAUUGGAGACAUCAGACAACACAUUGUGGCUACAAACCCCCAGUACGCACACUCCAACUUUUGCCUGAUGACCACAUUUCCAAACAAAGAACUUGUAGAUGAAACCCUCAGCCUGGAAGAAGCCAAACUACUCAACGCCGUCAUUGUACAGAAGAUGAAAUAG